UCUGCUUCUUCUCCUCAGCCAAUAAGAAGGAACCAGAUCAGAUGUGCAAGAGUAAUGAAGGAGCAAGAAAUUAUACUACAAAUGCCAGAUGAAGAGUGGAGAGUCUGCUGCCCUGAGUUCAGACUGUCAGGUGUGCACAUUCCUUCACCAGGGCUAGCAGACUAACAUCCUGUUGCUUGGUAAUACAACAACAUUUUUAAUGUUAUCUCUGGCUGUGUCGACUCGCUGCAGUUAGCAUGUAGCUCAGUGUCCAUUAGCUGACUGAAGUCUGACUGGAUGGCAACCUCGGACUGCAGAUGGAGUCACCAUGGUCAUCGGGGCUGGACACCAGGUGGGACCAAACACAGCCUCUGACAGACGCCAUGCGCAGAGAUUUUCUGAAAUCAAGCCCCAUGAGGCUCCACCGGACGGGGCGUGGCUUCGGCGCUAUACUGCUUGACAAGUGUGGCGCAUGCGUGGAAGGAGUGACGCUGCCUGACAGUCCAAUAUCCGGGCAAAGAAAUCCUCAUGAAUUCACAGAAAAGUGUGCAGCUGGCUCUGCCCACAGAUCCAACUUUGAUGUGCUCCACCUAUUAAGGCAUGAAAUAGCUCACCCAUGUGCGGUUCAGAGAGUCAGAGCAGCCUCAUUUCAGUGCGCCCCUGUUAAAGGACCCUCUGGUGGCUACCCCGCCGAUUCACAGGACAUGUACGGCAGUGCCAGAGCUGUAGGCCAUAUAGAGAGCAGCCCCGCACGGUCCCCGCGCCUGCCAAGGUCCCCCAGACUGGGCCAUCGGAGGGCCAACAGCGGGGGCGGGGGUGGUGCGGGGGGCAAGACGCUCUCCAUGGAGAACAUCCAGUCCCUCAACGCUGCCUAUGCCACUUCGGGGCCCAUGUACCUGAGCGACCAUGAGGGUGUGGGCUCCACUGCCACCUACCCAAAAGGCACUAUGACUCUCGGUCGCGCCACCAGUCGGGCCAUGUACGGGGGCCGCGUCACAGCCAUGGGCAGCAGUCCCAACAUAGCUUCAGUGGGGCUGCCCCAUCACGCUGACCUUCUGUCUUACAGUGACCUGGGUUCCAUCUCCAUGCUGCACCACCACCACCACCAGGGGGUGCCCUCUGCCCUGCUGAGGCAGGCGGUGCGGGGCAGUGGGGGGGAGCUGCUGGAGAUGCAGGCCCAGCUCAGGGAUAUGCAGAGGGAAAAUGAGCUGCUGCGCAGAGAGCUUGACCUAAAGGACAGUAAGUUGGGAUCUUCCACCAACAGCAUCAAGAGCUUCUGGAGUCCGGAGCUGAAGAAGGAGAGGAUAAUGAGGAAAGAGGAGGCGGCUCGCACGUCAAUCCUCAAAGAGCAGAUGAGAGUCACUCACGAGGAGAACCAGCUGCUGGAUGCCAGGAGAACCAAGCAUCUCCAGAUGACCAUCCAGGCCCUGCAGGACGAGCUGCGCACACAGCGGGACCUGAACCACCUGCUGCAGCAGGAGAGCGGUAACCGCUCCGCCUCCGAUCACUUCACCACCAUCGAGCUGACGGAGGAGAACUUCCGCCGGCUGCAGGCCGAACAUGACAGGCAGGCCAAGGAGCUCUUCCUGCUGAGAAAGACCCUGGAGGAGAUGGAGCUGAGGAUCGAGACCCAGAAACAGACGCUGGGCGCCAGAGACGAGUCCAUUAAGAAGCUGCUGGAGAUGCUGCAGAGUAAAGGGCUGCCCCCGGGGCCGGGCAGGGUGUCGGAGGAGGAGGAGCAGGAGAGAGCCAGGCGCAUCGCUGAGGCAGAGGCGCAGCUCGGACACCUCGAGGUCAUCCUGGAUCAAAAGGAGAAGGAGAACAUCCAUCUGCGCGAGGAACUGCACAGAAGAAAUCAGCUGCAUCAAGAUCCAAGCAAAACCAAGGCCCUGCAGACCAUCAUCGAGAUGAAAGACACCAAAAUUGCCUCUCUGGAGCGCAACAUUCGAGAUCUGGAGGAUGAGAUCCAGAUGCUGAAGGCGAACGGCUUGCUGAACACAGAGGACAGAGAGGAGGAGAUCAAACAGAUGGAGGUCUACAAGAACCACUCCAAGUUUAUGAAGACUAAGAUUGACCAGCUGAAGCAGGAGCUGUCGAAGAAGGAGUCGGAGCUGCUGGCCCUGCAGACAAAGCUAGAGACCCUAAACAACCAGAAUUCAGACUGCAAACAGCAUAUCGAGGUGCUCAAAGAGUCUCUCACUGCCAAGGAGCAACGUGCUGCCAUCCUGCAGACAGAGGUGGAUGCCCUGCGUCUGCGUCUGGAGGAGAAAGAGUCCUUCCUGAACAAGAAAACCAAGCAGCUGCAGGACCUGACGGAGGAGAAGGGCACUCUCGCCGGAGAGAUCAGGGACAUAAAGGACAUGCUGGAGGUCAAAGAGCGGAAGAUCAACGUCCUGCAGAAGAAGAUUGAGAACCUGCAGGAGCAGCUGCGGGACAAAGACAAGCAGCUGGGGAACCUGAAGGACAGGGUCAAGUCCCUGCAGACCGACUCCAGUAACACAGACACUGCCCUGGCCACCCUGGAGGAGGCGCUGUCAGAGAAGGAGAGGAUCAUAGAGCGUUUAAAGGACCAAAGGGAGAGGGAAGACAGAGAACGUCUGGAGGAAGUGGACUCCUACAAGAAGGAGAACAAGGAUCUGAAGGAGAAAGUCAACACCCUGCAGAUAGAGUUAACAGAGAAAGAGUCAAAUCUCAUCGAUCUGAAGGAGCACGCUUCUUCGCUGGCAUCCUCUGGCCUCAAAAAGGAUUCGAAGCUCAAGUCCCUGGAGAUCGCCAUCGAGCAGAAAAAAGAGGAGUGUAGUAAGUUGGAGACGCAGUUGCAGAAGCAAGCUGAGCAGCUAUUCAGUCACAUGAACAAUCCUAAGGCCCACGAGGUGGAGCAGCAGUCCGGCUCCAGAGGGAACCCGGAGUACGUGGACCGAGUGAAGCUGCUCGAGAAGGAGGUGAGCUACUACAAGGACGAGGCCAACAAGGCUCAGACAGAGGUGGAGAGACUCCUGGACAUCCUGCGAGAGGUGGAGACCGAAAAGAAUGACAAGGACAAGAAGAUCGCUGAGCUGGAAAGGCAAGGAGGCAAAGACCAGACUAAGAAGGGUUCAAAUAUCAAACUGGGUCCACAAGGGGACAAGAAAGGCUUAGGACAAGACCCUCGUAAGGAUGGCUCCAUGGACGGUGGCCACCAUGUGAAGCUGGAGGAGCUGAUGAACACGCUGGAGAGGACGAGGCAGGAGCUGGAUUCCACCAAGCAGCGUCUCUCCUCCACACAGCAGUCACUGCAGGAGAGGGACACCCACCUCACCAACAUGAGACAAGAGCGCAGGAAACAGCUGGAGGAGAUCCUCGAGAUGAAACAACAAGCUCUGCUGGCAGCCAUCAGCGAGAAAGAUGCUAAUAUUGCACUGCUGGAACUGUCUGCCUCCAAUAAAAAGAAGACCCAGGAGGAGGUGAUGGCCCUCAAGAGGGAGCGGGACAAACUGAUGCACCAGCUCAAACAACACCCUCAAGUCAUGUCAGGUCUUCAAGGAGUCAAGUCUCAAACACAAAGCAGGAUGAAGCUGAUAGCUGACAACUAUGAAGAUGAGCAAUAUCACCCACACGGUCCUCACCACCCCCAGCCUCAGCCCCCCCACGCCCAGCCACAAGCCCAGCCCCAGUACCCGCACGUUCCCCACACCCAGCAGACUCCAUAUCCACAUGGCGUACAUCCACAACACCCACAACACCAACAGCACCCGCAGGCCCCGCCACAGCACCCGCACCCGCAACAGCCGCAACCCCAGUACCCUCACCCUCCGCACCCACAGCACCCCCAGCAGCACCCUCAGCACCCCCAGCCACCUCCCCAGCACCAACAGCACCCACGCCCCCCACAGCCCCAACACCCUCACCAACAGCACCCGCAGCAUCCCCCACAGCCACAGCACCCACACGGACAUCCCCCUCCGCAGCACCCUCACCCUCAGCACCCACACGGCCCUCCACAGCAAGGACCCCACCCCCAACAUCCACACCCCCAGCAUCCUCAACACCCUCAACACCCUCAGCACCCUCAGCACCCCCAGCACCCGCAACACCCACAGCACCCGCAGCACCCGCACCACGCUCAACAUCCACGCCACCCGUCGCCCCAUCAUCGUGGAGGGCCGGCCCGAGGACCCCCACAUGCUGGUCACCGCCCUGCCCCAGACCAGGAUGAUGACGAGGGCAUUUGGGCAUAAUCCUUGCUGUGACAACCAAAGCUCUAAUGUUGUUUUGAGGGAUGAUUCAGUCACUACUGGAGGAGCACAGCCAAGCCAUGAUGUUGAAACACUACCCGACCAAACAUUUAUUACCUCCACUCAAUCAACACUCAGCAAUGGGACCUUUUGUUUUCUUUUUCCGGGGGGAAGAGGAGGGGGC